UGGGGAGUGAGCGGGGGCGCCCAAGCCGGGGGGUCAGCCUGAAGGAGGCUGCAGGGGCGCCCCGAGUCUCGCGGCGUGGACGGGGUGUGGUGGCGGGUCGGGCCGGCUGACUCCGGGUCCGGGGCGCCGGGUCCCCCUCUCUGUGCGCCGGCGCGCGGUGGCCGGCAGGGGGCGCCCGCGGCACGGGACACGCGACUCGGGAAGCGGGGUGCAGAGUGCGAGCUGUGGGGUACGGCUGCGGGCGGGACCGGGUUCUGGCGGGCCGGGCAGGGUCCCCCGCGGACCACUGCGGACCGCGGCCACUUCAGGCCCGGGAGGCUGCGAGAGCAACUGGUGCCCGUAGGGGGGGCGACCUCCGGCCGGCGACAAGCAGGCAAUUAAUUCCGGAGCCGCUCCAUCUGGCGCCGCCAACAGGUCCGCGCCCUCCGGGCCUCACGCUCAGGGGACAGCCGCGGCUACACCCGCCACGGUGACGCGGACACGCGGGGACAGGCGGGGACAGCGGGCUUGGGCCGGGACUGGGGCUCGGGGGGACCCUGCGCCGCCGCACUCUGUGCAAGCAUUUGGGGUGUUUCGGAGUCCCGGGGUGCACCCCGGAAUCGGGCAGAGGACCCUGCACCUCCCCGCGGGCGGGAUGGGGACCCUGGUGGGGCGGUGCGCGGGGGCUCCUCCCCUCCCCGCCCGGAGCCCCGCCCCGCCCCGGAGCCCCGCCCCGCCCCGCCCCCGGGCGCGCAGCCGCCGCGCGCUCCCCGCCACUCGCCUGCGCCCCAACUUGCGAGCCGCGACCGUGCCAGGGGGGCGCCCCGGCCGCACAGAGUAGCAGCCGCCCCAGAGCCGCGGGCCCCUCCUUAUCCGCAUGGGCGGCCGCAGGGGCCCCCGAAGCUGUCCGCUGCCCGCGGUGGCCGAGGGCGGCCCGGGCCGCCAGGUGCUGGAGGUGGCUCCCCGCAAGAGGCUGCCUGCCCGGUCCGAGCAGGACCCCCGUGGCCGCCGACCGGCCCCCGAGGGCGCGGGAGCGGGCGCUGAGCUGGGCCACUCGCCUGGAGGGGCCGGCUGGUGCGGACACUGCCACGCGAAGCUCACAGAGCUCAAGCGACAGGCCUGGAAGCUGGUCAGCGACCCAGGGACUCCGCUGAGGGACCCCUGCCUCUCAGCCCUGCUGCUGGACACGCUGCCCGUCCGCCGGCCCGAGGCCCCCAACCGCUGUGAUGCCUGUGCCACACCCCCGCACCCACUCUCAGCCCCCCUUGUCCGCCAGGACCCACGGGAUGGAGCCCUCCCCGCACCCCCUGCCUCUGCCGGGCCUGACAGCGAGAAGGGGCCUGCCUGGCCCCCUGGGCCCAGUGUUCAGGUGUCUGUGGCACCGGCCGGCCUGGGGGGGGCCCUGAGCACAGUCACCUUCCAGGCCCAGCAGUGUCUGGAGGGCAUGUGGCGCGUGUCUGGGGUACACAGCCUACUACCACCCACCUGCCUGGUCCCAGGAGAAGGUGUCUGUCUGUCCUGGUUCCAGGAAGAGGUGUCUGUCUGUCCCUUCAGGUCCCAGGAGGAGGUGUCUGUCCUCCCCUCAGGUCCCAGGAAGAUGCGGCUGCUUCUGCCAUGCCCGGGCUCUGCUGCUGGCAGGUGUCGGCGCCGCGGCCCAAGGGACGGCGGAGCCCAGGCUGAGGCGGCCGUGGCGGCCGUGGCAGUGGCGGACACUGUGCGGGACAGCGCCCCCUCGUCAGGCCCCGACGGUGUGUGGAAGAUGUGGGGCCGGGCAGGUACCUGCACGGCCACCUUGCUCACGCCUGUCCCUGGUGCUCCAAGCCCCACUUCUGGGCCCUCGGCUGCCACCUCCUUCUUCAUCAGGGCCGUGCAGAAGCUCAGCCUGGCCUCCAAGCGCAAGAAGCCGCCACCUCCCCCUGCAACCAGCGCCCGUGGGCCCUCUGCCUACCCCACAGACUUCAGGGGGGUCCUGCAGCUGUGGCCGCCCCCUGCACCCCCUUGCCUGCUCCGGGCUGCCUCCAAGGUCAAGGAGAGCCCCGGCAACUUCGGCAAGGUGAAGGUCAUGCUACGGAUCUGGCCAGCACCGGGAGCCGAGACCUCGUCCUUCCUGAAGGUGGACGCACGCAGGAAGCAGGUUACGCUGUACGAGCCCCCGGGCAGUGCGGCCCUCCGCCAGCCUCCUGCUGCUGUGCCCCGCAUGUUUGCCUUUGACGCCGUGUUUCCCCAGGACUCGGAGCAGGCCGAGAUUUGCUCGGGGGCGAUAGCUGACGUGCUGCAGUCUGUGGUCAGUGGGGCUGAUGGCUGUGUCUUCUCCUUUGGCCCCAGCAGCCUUGGUACGGCCUACACCAUGCUGGGGCAGGACCGCUGUGCACAGAGCUUGGGCGUGGUGCCCUGUGCCAUCUCCUGGCUGUUCCGGCUCCUCGAGGAACGGCGCCAGAGCUCCGGCACCCGCUUCUCUGUGCGUGUCUCGGCCGUGGAGGCGAGUGGCCGGGACGCCGGCCCACGGGACCUGCUGGCUGAGGUGGCCUCUGGUGGCGCUCAGGACACCCUGUUCCCAGGUGUGGUCCUGCAGGAGGACCCAGGCUGCGGGGGGCAGAGCCCAAGGGAACUUCGGGCAGCCUCGGCCGGGCAGGCGGCUCUGUUCCUGGAUGCAGCGCUCGCUGCCCGCAGUGAGGACACUGGCUGCAGCGCACCCAUGCUGCUCACUGUACACGUGGACCAGCACCGAGGGGAGCGAGCCGGCAAGGGGGCCGCAUCUGGGGGCCACAGCCGCCUGCACCUCAUUGACCUGGGCAGCUGCUCCGAAGUGCCCGGGGGCCCACCUGGCCUGUCCCUGUCGGCUCUGGGCAGUGUCGUCCUGGCCCUGGUCAGUGGGGCCCGGCAUGUGCCCUACCGGGACCACUGGCUGACCAUGAUGCUGCGGGAGCCACUGGCCACCACCCACUGCCGGGCCACCAUGAUUGCGCACGUGUCGGCUGCACCCGCCCGCCUGACUGAGACCUUGAGCACCCUGCAGCUAGCCGCCCGGCUGCACCGCCUGCGCAGAAAGCGGCCCAAGCACGCGUCCAGCUCAUCAGGCGGUGACAGCUCUUGUGAGGAGGGCCGAGCCUGCCGCCCCCCGCUCCUGCGGCCCCCACAUUCCCGGCCCCCGGCCCUGGACCCAGAGUGUCCUGCGCCCACCAUGCCCGGGGACCGAGAGUGCUCUUCCAGCAGUGAGCAGUCCUGCGACACUGUCAUCUACGUGGGGCCCGGUGGCCUGGCUCUCUCGGACCGUGAGCUCACGGACGGCGAGGGGCCCCCAGACUCUGUGCCCAUCAUUCCAGCCCUGAGUCGCCGCCGGCCCCCCGUGGGCCCCCGCCAGGCCGACCCCCUGCGCUGCCGCACCUUCGCAGAGCUGCAGGAGCGGCUAGAUGGUAUGGCGGAGGGGCCCCCACGCUGUGCGGACCCCAGAGGGGAUGCCGGCCCCCUGCCUGAGCCGCCGGAUCUGGACAAGGACAUGGGCCGUAGCAGGAGGCCACCGCCUAGCCCUGUGCCCUCACCACCCCAGCUGCCAGAGGCUCCCGAGGAGCCCAGGGGAGGGGCCCCCCUCUGCCUGGCACGGACGCCGCCCGUGGGUGGGAGUGGACAUGGGCCCUGGCUGGCCUCGCCUGGCCGCCGUCUGGAGCUGCUGCCCUCAGUGACGCUGCGGCGGCCGGUGGAGCUCAAUGGGGAGGAUGAGCUGGUGCUCACAGGCGAGGAGCCGUUGCCCAGUGGCCGGCCGUCCAGCCUGGGCAGCAUGGGCAGCACCUGCUCCCUGCAGGCACUGGCUUCCGGCUCUCGCCCGGUCAGCAUCAUCAGCAGCAUUAAUGACGAGUUAGAGGCCUACACCUUACAGCCCCCCAGGGAACCCGGGGCGGAGGGCGCUCCCCUCGGCCAGCUCAGCCUCCGACCCCCGCUACCCCCACAACCUCCCCAGCUGAGCAUCAGCCCUGACCCCGGGUGCCCCCUUGGCCUGGACGGCAGCUCAGGGCUCUGUGACUGGGAAUCGGGGGACACCCGGCCCAGCAAGGGCCCCCCCAGGCAAACCCUCCACUCUAGCCUGCCCCGGAGGGCACCCCCUACUACCGACCAAGUGGCCACCCCACUGGAGGACCCCUGGCAGCUGCGGGCUGAGGACUGUGCCCUCCGGGACCCUCCGACGGUGUGCGCACAGCGGGUGGUAGAUGGCUGUGAGGGAGUGCUGAGGGUGGCCCAGAGGGUAGACCCAGGGGCUCCCGUGCCUCCAUUGCGCCGGGGUGCCACCACACUGGGGGUGACCACAUGCCCCUUGGAGCCCAGCUACCGGGGCGUCUCCAGUGGCAGGAAGGGCACAACUCCCAGGGGGGGCAGCACCCCCAGGCCUGCUGGGGCAACCCCCCCAGCCCCACCUGUGCGCAAGUCCAGCCUGGAGCAUAGGCCCGGGUUGGCGCCCGGUGGGGAUGAGGAGGAGGCCCGGGCUGGUGGCUAUGGGGACACUUUGGGGUCCAGGUCUGCGUCCAUCCUGAAGGCCCGGACAGGCCGAGUGGAAUCUGUGAACCGCCCUGGCCCCCAGGGGGCCCUGGAGCGCACCGAGGGGAAGGCUGUAGGGCGGGCAGCCCGGCCAGGGCCCCGGUUGGGGACUCCACCCACCAGCCCCAUACCACCCACGGCCCCAGUCAGCAGGGGCCCCUCCAAGGGCAUGGCAGCCUGUAGACUCCCAGCCGGUGGAGCCAAGGGUACCCGGGCAGCAGCCAGGCCGGGCCGGGGCACCAUCAUGGGGACCAAGUUGCGGGCUGCCCACUGCCGCGUGCACGAGCUGGCGGCUGCCGGGACCCCAGGCAGCAGGCAGGAGGUUGGCCAGCGGGAGGGCCCGGCGCUGCCCUCGCCCUACAGCACGGUGACGGCCCCGAGGCGGCCCCCACGGCACAGCAGUGGCCAUGGCAGUGACAACAGCAGCGUGCUGAGUGGGGAGCUGCCCCCUGCCAUGGGCCGCACUGCCCUUUUUUACCACAGCGGCGGCAGCAGUGGCUACGGCAGCAUGAGGCUAGACAGCGAGGCCACGGGCAGCGCCUCCUCCGCCCCUGACUCCAUGAGCGACAGUGCUGCCUCGCCUGGCGCCCGUGCCCGUAGCCUCCGGUCACCCAAGAGGAGGGCUGCAGGCCUGCAGAGGCGACGCCUGGCCCCUGCCCCGCUGCCUGACGCCCCUGCCUUGGGUCGAAAGCCCAGCCUGCCUGGGCAGUGGGUGGACCUGCCCCCACCGCUAGCCAGCGUGCGGAAGGAGCCCUUUGAGAUCAAAGUGUACGAGAUUGACGAUGUGGAGCGUCUGCAGAGACGCCGCGCACCCCCCAGGGAGGACCCGGUGGAGGCCCCCCAGGAACUGGACAAGGGGCAGCGGCAGGCCGAGCGGCGGAGGCAGCGGCUGCGGGAGGUGCUGACGUGGCGAGAGAGGCUGCGGCGGGAGCUGGCCGAGACGCAAGGCCGGCUGAUGGUGGAGCCGGGCCGCUGGCUGGAGCAGUUCGAGGUGGGCCCAGAGCUGGAGCCUGAGUCUGCCGAGUACCUGGCGGCCCUGGAGCGUGCCACGGCUGGCCUGGAACGACACCUGAACCUCUGCAAAGCCCGAGUCAUGAUGGUCACCUGCUUUGACAUCCGUCCAGGCCCGCAGCAGGUGGACGUGGAUGUCUGAGGCUGGAUGCCAGGCCGGCCUGAAGACGGGGAGGAGGCCUCCUGCAGGGCGGUGGGAGUGGGGAUGGGCUGGGGGCUGGGAGGGAAGGAGUGGUCGCCACAGAGGGCCAUGCAAGUGCCUUUAACCUGAGCGGGACUGUCCCUCGCUGGGCCCUGAGAAUGACACCUUCCCUGGCUCAGGGCUGCAUCCCCCCUCGGGCCUGUGUGGACCCCUGUAUCCUGGGCCCCAGGUGAGUCCAGCUGCGGAUGCCCACCCAGACCACGGCAGGAAUUCUUACCAAAACAGAGAGCAAAAGCUACAGUAACUGUGCCAAACCACCAGCGUUUUGUAGGGUGUGGGGUUCCUAUUUUUCUACUGUUUUGCCAGGAGGCACAUACAGGUUUGCAGACAAAUGGUCUAUGUUUUUACAGUUUUCUAUGGAAGGUGUCCUCAGCCAGGAAGGGUAGGGCCCCCGUGAGGGUUUGGGGUGGCGCCUGCCGUGGCCCCCAGCCUUCCACCCCGCUCUGUGCUCUGGGGGCCUACUGUACAGUGUACAUAGCUAACUGCCCGUGGCCUUUCUUUGAAUAAAAGACACGUGGAUUGUUUCAGAA